AUGGAAGACCACGCCGGUGACAAACAAGGCCAUUACCAUAUAUGGAAAUGCUAUCCACGCCCAGAAUGGCAGGCAUUACCUCCCACUUCCAUCUUCAGCCAGCAAAAGGCGCACACAAUCGCGUCAAAAUGGACUCGAAUUGACAGUGACUACGUCGGCAUAGGUCCGGGCGUCGAGGGGGUGGCGCAGAACCACGUCUCAUUCCGCGCUUGCUGCAUCCUUGAAUUCCCCAUGUUGCACACAUCCCUCUUAGGGCCUUUGUUUACAGCCCUCAACCAAGGCGGAGUGGCCUCCCUUCAGAGAGGCGGACCGCUGCAGGCAAACAAAGGGAAAGGUGAUGUAGAUCUCUACAUUGGCCACUCUACUGUGUGA